AUGAGGCCAGAGCGUCCCCGGCCGCGCCGCAGCGCCCCCGGCCCGAUGGAGGCCCCGCGGUGGGACCCCCUCCGCAACGACUCGCUGCCGCCCACGCUGACCCCGGCCGUGCCCCCUUACGUGAAGCUCGGCCUCACCAUCGUCUACACCGUGUUCUACUCGCUGCUCUUCGUGUUCAUCUACGUCCAGCUCUGGCUGGUGCUGCGCUACCGCCACAAGCGGCUCAGCUACCAGAGCGUCUUCCUCUUCCUCUGCCUCUUCUGGGCCUCCCUGCGGACGGUCCUCUUCUCCUUUUACUUCAAAGACUUCGUGGCAGCCAAUUCGCUCAGCCCCUUCGUCUUCUGGCUGCUCUACUGCUUCCCCGUGUGCCUGCAGUUCUUCACCCUCACGCUGAUGAACUUGUACUUCACGCAGGUGAUUUUCAAAGCGAAGUCAAAAUAUUCUCCAGAAUUACUCAAAUACCGGUUACCACUCUACCUGGCCUCGCUCUUCAUCAGCCUCAUUUUCCUGUUGGUGAAUUUAACCUGUGCGGUGCUGGUAAAGGCAGGAAAUUGGGAGAGGAAGGUUAUCGUCUCAGUGCGAGUGGCUGUUAAUGAUACUCUCUUUGUACUGUGUGCCGUCUCUCUCUCCAUCUGUCUCUACAAAAUUUCUAAGAUGUCCUUAGCCAACAUCUACUUGGAGUCUAAGGGCUCCUCUGUGUGUCAAGUGACAGCCAUUGGUGUGACCGUCAUCCUGCUUUAUACAUCUCGAGCCUGCUACAACCUGUUCAUCUUAUCAUUUUCUCAGAACAAGAAUGUCCAUUCCUUUGAUUACGACUGGUACAAUGUAUCAGACCAGGCAGAUUUGAAGAACCAGUUGGGAGAUGCCGGAUAUGUGGUAUUUGGAGUGGUCCUUUUUGUGUGGGAACUCUUACCUACUACCUUAGUAGUUUACUUCUUCCGAGUUAGAAACUCUACAAAGGACCUUACCAACCCUGGAAUGCUCCCCAGCCAUGGAUUCAAUCCCAGGUCUUAUUUCUUCGACAACCCUCGAAGAUAUGACAGUGAUGAUGACCUUGCCUGGAACAUCGCCCCUCAGGGACUUCAGGGAAGUUUUGCUCCAGACUAUUAUGAUUGGGGACAACAAACUAACAGCUUCAUGGCACAAGUAGGAACUUCACAACAAGACUCAACUUUGGAUCCUGACAAACCAAGCCAUGGAUAACACUGGUUGACGGUAUUAUGGAAGAUUCCUCAGUUGAAAAACUUCAGAGAGACAAAGUUGGUGACAGCUGAAUUUUUAGGGCACUUUUCCUUAAGAAACAGGACUUCAUUUUAUAUGUUACAGGUUUCUAAUGGCUCUAUAAGACUAAGCAAUAAUUUAGAUUGAUAAAAUCUUAUUUUAGUACUAAAAAAUGAAAUGGCGGUUUCAGUGGUUAUAAUUUAAACUUUAAAUGAAAUCUAUACUUUUAUAAAGAUGUAUUUUAUAUAACUUAAAUAAUAAUGCUAAAGUAUACUAGGGUUUUUUUUUUCCUGAGAAUGUUAUUGCAAUAUAUGUUUUAGUUUGCACAGGUUUGUAUGCAUAAUUCACUUUAAAAGUAAGCAAUAUCUGGUCUAAUAGGUUUUUUUUUUGAAGACUUUUGGACUGGAGUGUUCCUCAAAUCCUUCUCUCUUCAGAUCUCUGAGAUUCUGAGCUCCACAUUGGUAGACUCCUAAAACACAACUGACAUAGAGAAAGCUGAUUGCAACUCUAAUGUUGAAAGUUCAAAUGUAAUGGAAUAUCAACUGGAUAUAAGGCUCCUUUGAAUUUUUUAAGACCCAGAUGGUUGGUCCCUCAAAUUAUAGCUUAAAUUGUGCCAAAAGUUUGGUACUUUUCAACAGUGCUCUAAUGUAUAAAAUUUAAUGAUAACAACUUGAUAAUGUAUAUAGAGCUGACAAACUAUUAAAUCUCCUCUGCUAUAGUCAGAGAUUUUGUAUAGUUUUCCAGCCCAGUGAAUUCUAAUAUCCAUUACCACAAGACUACAGCAAGACUACAGCUUGCCCAACUCAUUAAACUUUUAUUACAUUAAGGAGAAAAUAAGUGCUUCCAAAAAAGAGCAAUAAAUAUCCCUAACCCUUGAGCCAAAGGUUAUGUGAAAUCCUAAUUGUUUUUCUGUAAUCUCCAACCAUACUGAAAACAGUGUCCUUUAUUGUUAAAUAGCUGCCUAAAGCAGCCUAUUGGCAACUGCAUGUUUAAAAUGGAAGUAGCAUUACAACGUGCUAUACAGUAUGAUGCUGGUCUCUUAGCCAUGUAAAAGGAGAUGUCCCAGACAAUGGCUUAUAAGCCAUCUUGCAUUUAAGUGAAAAACAUGUCAUGCAAUGCUAUUUCACCAACCAGAAGUGCUGUUUAAAACCUCCAUGACAUAUAUUCUACAGCCAUAAAUCUCUGCCAGUAGUAGGAGCCUGUGAUACAUGGCUCUGUCAGGGAGGUUAAAUGCUCUUCUAAAAACAGAAAUAAGGUGCCAGAGAAGUACUAUUACCCCAGAGAAAGUAUCUUGCUGCUCUGUAUAGGAAAGCUCAAGACAGAGGGAGGGACAAAUGUAAAGGAACUUAUAAGUCUUACCUACACAAUGAAAUCCAUUUCAAAUGACUCUUCUGUUUUAGUCCUCAUGAAUAAUUUAUCUCUGGGCAUCAAUUUCACAGAGAUCAAGUCUACUUCUAUUAUUCUGAUUGAUUAUUCAGGUUGCCUUAAAAUAAUAAAAUGUUACAAGUUAUUCUAGAUAGCUUUAAGAACACCCUAUUAUGUGUCAUACUGUCUUUGCUACUAAUGCUUAGGAGAAUUUAGAAGCAAACUCGGCAUGCGUUUCAUAUAUGUAGUAAAAAUUCCUUCGGAAAGUCCUGCAGUCCUUCAAUUUUAGGUCAGCUAAGGGUAGGUAUAUUUCAAAAAAUAUGACAAUGAUAUCACUAAAAUCAUGCAAUUAUUUUCAUUCUAUGAUAUGCAAAUACUGCUGAUAAUUCUAUAAUUGCUGGCAGGAAAUUUUGAAAUACAAAGCAUUAACUGAUAAAAUCCAUUUUAAUGAUAAAGCUGCUAGUAUUUAUUUCAACUAUAUUAUUUUUUGAUGGAGAGAAUACAAUGUUCUAAGUGCCUAUUUUUCCCUUUCCCUUUUAAAAAAAAAAGGUAAGGUUAAAAUGCAAAUGUUGUAAACACACACUAGAAUAUAAAAAACUAUGAUAGUAUCAAAUUAACUAUCUUUGCCUCAUAGUAAACAAUCAUGUAUACCCUGUGAAAUGUUGCAGGAAUGGUGUGGAAAAAAAAAAUUAAUUUCCUUUAGCUUCCUAAUUUAUUUGUGCUCCUAAGUACACUAACAAAGCUACUCCUCAUGUAAAUUAUUAAAUUCUAAGAGAGGGAAAGGAAUGAUGAUUACUGGUUCUAAACUAUCCAAAUGCCUCGUUUUCAAAGCAACACAAUGAAAUUAAAAUCCUGAUAAUGUGAAAAUUAAAAGUAUAUGGGGAAGAGGCAAUAUUACUGAAAAUUUGUACCGUAAUUUGUCUAAGUCUGACAUGCAUAAUAGGUCUGUCUCUAUAGUUAAUUGUGUAAGAAUUCCAACUGAUUUUUGUAGAUAUCUUUCAUUGGCUCUUUUUUCCUUUUUAUAAUCAACCUGUUUGAGCCAAUGAUUAAAGCAUCUGCAGUGUGUUACACGGGGUUGUGUAAGAAGUUUUGAUUAUAACUGUAUACACAUAAAUCACAUUUAGUUAUGCCACUUAUCUCUUGACUGUAUACAGGCUACACUCUUAAUAAAAUUUUGGGUGUCUGAUUUACUACUUAGAUUAGGUACACUUACUAGUACCUGCCAAACUUCACCCAAAUCCAAGAAAACUAUUCUUCGUUGGACUUGAACACUUAAUCCCUUUUAAGAGGAGAGGACUAAGCAUUAGUAAACCCUAGAGCUUGAAAAGUGCUGUAAGAAAAAGGUUCUCAUUUAUAUUUACAUAUUGGAUAUUCCUAGAAUACUGCUUUUUUUUUUUAACAAUAAAGGUGAAUUUAACAUUAAAUGGAUCUCACUAUUUGAAACUUUUAUCAAGAUGUCUAACUAAUGAAACUUAACUAAAAAUACCAUUUUCAUUUUUGAUUACUGUAUGAUAUAUACCACUAUAAGACUGCUGAGAGAUACAUCUAGUAUACAUUCUCAUUUUUUAAAAUCUUAUGUGAGAAUCUUUUUAGUUAAAAAAGACCUGUCAGGUCCAGACGGAGGCACUACUGAUUGGAUCAGGCUAAAAUAGUGGGAGCCUUCUCAUCAAAGACUAUAAAUUAAUAAACUGCUUGGUUAAAGUGAGGAAACCCUUGUUUAUUUAAAAAGGGACAAUGAACACAGGGCUAUAGAAUUCAGUCAGUCUUUACUGAGUGCCUGUUAUGUGCUAGACAUUGGGCUACACGAUGGUCAUGUGUCUGUGGGUCACCUGUAUAUGUUCCUUUUUUGGGUGCUUUCUCACUAUAAACUAGAUGUAAUCUAGUAUAUAAGUUAAAUGACGGCAAGGGGUUUUGACUGUUUUGUUUACUGCUGUAGAUUCUCAGCUCCUAGAAUAGGGAAUGAAUAGUCAAAUACUGUUCUCCUGGUAGAUAGUAUCUUUCUUUCUUUCACGUAACUUCUUGUACUUGCACUUUUAUCCACUGCACAUUGAUUUUAAAAGCUUAGUACUUGUUUGUUUAAGGGUACCUCCUUUUUGCCUCGCGAAUCUUUGAGAAAUAUCUAACUUUUGGGCAAAAGAUUCAUAAUGAGAUAAAAAUGUAAGAAGUUCAUAUAAAGAUACUCCUCAAGUUAUUCUUGGAGAUCAACCCCCUAAUUCUCUCAGCAUAGGCACUAAAUCCUGCCUCUCUUUGCCUUCACUUCUUUGGGCACUGGCAAACAGACUACUGAAAUAAUAAAUAAUGCAGCAAAUAGUAAAAUAAAAGAAAGAAUAGUGACAAAUCCAGUGGUUCAAAGUGCGACCUUAGAGAGAGAGAACACUAAGUUGGACAGAGCUUCAGCACAAUCCAUAUGUUAAUGAUUUUUUUUUAAUGCUCAUAGGGAAAAAUAAAUGAGAAUAGCUAGGAAAACUGUAAAAGAAAUAGGGAAAGUGGGAAGGAAUGAGAAGGGUCUAGCACACCAGAUAUUAAAAUAUAAUUAAACAAUUAAAACUUAAUGAAAACAAUGUGGUGAUGCAUGAAUAGAUAGACCAAUGAAAUAGAAAGAUAACCCAGAUAGUGCCAAAUACAUAUGGAAAUUUAGAUAUGAUAAAUGUAGCCUCUCAAACAAUUGAGGAAAACGAUGUAUUAUUCAAUAAAUGGUAUUAGAACUAGACAGUCACCUGGGAAAAAUUAAGUUGGAUUCACAGUUUACACUUUAUGCCAAGGCUACACUCCAAAGGGAUCAAAGUAUAUAGAUGUGAAAAAGAAAACCAUAGAAAUUUUAGAAAAAAAACAGAUGAGUUACUCUGUUACCUUGGAGUGAGGGAGGCAUGUCUGACUUAAAAUCCAUAAACCUAUAAAAAAUAAGAAAUUUGACUACAUAAAAAUUUUUAAAAAUAUCUGCAUGGCAAAAGCACCAUAAAUAAAGUCAAAAGACAGAUGACAAAAUGGAAAAAAAUAUUUUCAGCUCAUUACAAAGGGUUAAUAUUUCUUAACACUCCUAGAAAUUGAUAAGAAAAAGAUCAACAAUGCAAUAGAAAAACGGAUAAAAAAGAGGAACACACAAGGAAAUGCAAAUAGCUCAAAUAUGUUAAAAGGUUCUUACUCAAGAGAAAAAUAUAAACUAAAAAUAUAUUGAGACAUAAUUUUUUAUCUAUCAUAAUGGCAAAAAUCCAACUGUUUGCUACCAUCUGUGUUGGUGAGGUUUUGGGUAUGUAGGCACUGUCAUAAAUUGCAGGGGGAGUUUUGGUAACUGCCAUCUAUGGAGAGCAAUACAGCUUUCACAAUUAGAAAUACACAUAAUCUUUGACCCAACGAUGCCAUUUGGGAGAGUUGAUUCUACAGGUUCCUAUUUACAUACAUGGGAAAUGACGUAUGCACAAGGUUUAGAAGCAACCCAGUACCCACUGAUAGCUGACUGGUUAAUUGAAUGAUGGUACAUACACAGAAUGGAAUACCAAACAGCCACUAAGAAAAUGAGAAAACUAUCUAGUGAUAUGGGAAGACUGCCAAGAUAUAUUAAGUGAAAAAACAAAGUAAAUUAACAAAAAUUAAUUUUCAUUAAUUUUCUUUUGCUAUGGUGGGAGUAUACUGGAAGGAAUGAAGUUAUUUCAGGAUAUUUGUUUCUCUCAUUGCCUUGCUUUGUUUGGAAAUUUUUUUUUAUUUAAUAAAUAAAGUAAUUUUAAAAUAAAAAAAAGAAAAAGACAAAGUGAAGACAAGUAUGUCUAUAAUACCACUCUUUGGGUAAAAAUGAGAAAAAAAAACAAGACUACAUUUCUACAGGCAUACACCAUAGAGCUAUCAGGGGUUUGGUUCCAGGCCAUUGCAAUAAAGCGAGUCACACAAAUUUUUUGGUUUUCCAGUGCAUAUAAAUGUUAUGCUUACUGUAGUCUAUGAAAUGUGCAGUAGCCUUAUGUUUAAAAAACCAGUUUACAUACCUUAAUUAAAAAGUGACACAGAGACACGAAGUGAGAAUGUGCUGUUGGAAAAUGGCACCGAUAGACUUCCUUGAUGCAGGGUUGCCACAAACCUUCAAUUUGUAAAAAAUGCAAUAUCGGCAAAGCACAAUAAAGCGAAGCGCAGUAAAACAAGGUAUGCCUAUAUUUACUAAUAUAUGCCUAAAGAUGUCUGGAUGGAAAGAUAAGAAACCAAGAACAGAGGUGACAGUGGUGGUGGUGGUGGUACCAAGGUGGUGGGGCAAGGUUGAGAGGAAGACACUGCACUGUAUAACUUUUUUGGCUUUUGAACCAUGUGAAUGUAUUGCCUAUGCAAAAAUUAAAUAAAAGUAAGUAUAUUUAAAAAGUUUUAUGACUCAACACAAAAGAAAAGAUAACAAAAGUCCUCCAUUUUUAGCUGAAUGGUAAUAGGGUAACUUGAAAUUGCACAAAUAUAACACAUUCUGAGAAGAGGUUUUGGACUCAGACUUCAUGGUUUCAAAUUCUAGCCCCACAACAUAAAAUAUAUGACCACGGACAAGUUAUUUAGCCUCUCAUAUCCUCAGUUUUCUUACUUCUAAAGCAGAGAAAUAAUAGUACCUACCAACUAGUGUGGCUGUGAAGAUUAGAUAAUGCGUGGGAAACCCGUUUAUAGUGGCUGCAAACACUUGCUAUUAUGAUUAGAAGAAACCACCUCAGACUUCCUAUGAACAGAUUUUCUCCCAUCUCUACAAAUUAAAAUCAAAUUAUAAGCAAAAGAGGGGAGGAAAAGAAAACAAGAAAAGAAAAGAUUGCAGAAACAUUUACUUUAAUUCACAUUUCCUAGAAUCUGGUGGUUGUACAACAGCAAAUUAUUUGGACUUCUGUUCAAAGUCAGAGCUGUGCCUAUAGAUAUUACUUAAGAUAGAGUGCACAUGAACUUGUGUUUUGUUUUACCAAGUAAUUUCCAUGAUACCAUGUACCCAAUCUGUGUAUUUUGGUGAAUAGCUAUGGUUUCUGCAGGUACUUCAGUUUGCAAACUGCUGAGAGGUUUUUAUUGUGAACUGUUCCCAAAUUUCCAGCUGAAGGCAAUGCUGAUGAAGAUCAAAAUGGUUGUCCUUUCUUAGAUACAAUGGCACCUAGGCAAAGUUGGAAAAUAUGUCACAGUGUUUCACAUACAUAUAAGAAUAUUCAGUAAUUCACAAUGUAGAAUGUCAAAAUAAAAUGUUCUGACUUAUCAAACUUAAAAA